AUGUUUAAGCAGUGGCACUAUCAGACUGGAAAACGGUUUUUUAGAAUAUACCAUAAGGAGUUAAUAAGGGAAUACAUUUUGAUACCAUUGGGAGUCGUUUGCGUUAUUUGUGUGUUGUAUGGUGUUGACAGGUUGAUAAAGGAUGUUUUUAGAAUCAAGUUUCCUGCGUCUGUGGCUGUGAUGUUGGUAAAUUUUGCAUUUAUGUGCAUGUGUUCUAUGCUUAAGAAGCCAUAUGCCGAUAUGUACAUAUCAAUAAUAGACGUGCCAUUAGGCUGGUCUUUGAGAUGGAUGAAUCUAUUUUUUACUCCUGCUUUUGUCACCUUACCACUAAGUGAUCGGAUUUCAUUUAAAGAGACAAUGCUUAUUGUUGCUACUUUUGUGAUUGGAUAUGUGGUUGGCUUUGUAGUCCUGGCUUACAUCACGAUACUGUGCCAAAAGACAUUUUCUUCAGAAAAGAUGAAGUCUAUAUUUACUCGACAGCACGAAUUAGGUGAUGAUACAGAUCAGAGGUCGAGGUUUGCCCCUGUAGAACUUAAACAGUCAUCUGAUAGUUCCAACAGCACAUUCGAAGGAGCAGCUGCAGGCUCAGAACAUCCAAGCACUAGGCAAAUUGAUGAUCAUGGACUAGAAGAUAUACAAUUGAUGUCAGUUGCAAGUAAUUCAAACAUCCCAAUAUCCAGGUCGGUUACCCAUGUUCCACUACGUGAUUCCCAAAUCUCAAAAAACGAAAAGAAUAGCAGCAGCAGUACUGAUCCUGUUACUUCAUCGCCUAUGUUGUAUAUAUCAAGUACGGACAGAAAUCAAGACACGGCUUCUAGCAACAUUUCAUUCAGAAGUGGCGGUUCGAAAACUAUGACAAUGAAGCCUCCAACGCCUACCAGAACUCGUAACAGUGGCUUUAUCCCCCGUGUAUCUGAUGAAGAGAAGAACAUAUAUUGUGAAAGGGCUGUCACAAGGCAGAUUCCGCAGCAAAUGAACCUCAUCUUUACUACAGCAAUGCUCAAGGAACAUUUCCAUCACAUAAUAUACUCUCUGGGCUUUUUUGCAUCAAUGUUCAGCUAUUUUUUCUCAUGGUAUACUAUGCCUUACCAUUUCUUCACUGCUGUAUGCACUUUUAUGUUCAUUACUAAUGCCCCCUUAGUAAACAAUCCAAAACAUAAGAGGUUCGUACACCCAGUUAUAUGCUCUGUGGCAUUGACUUGGCUAAUUAUGUUGGUAUCUGUUCUAAUAAAGCAUCGCCAAGUCAAGUAUUUCAUUACCGAGCUGCGUGAUUAUAAAACCACUAGAACAUACCUAAAUCUAUUCAAUUAUACAGAGUUCAAAUACCGUCAGUGGCCUGGUGCCGGUGAUGUUUUUAGCUCCUGUAUGGAUGUUUCAAUCGUGGCAUUGUCAAUGCCCAUGUUUUCUUAUAGACGUGACUUGAGAAAACAUUUUCUCAGCAUGAUUCCUCCAAUUUGUGUCUUAAGCAUAUCCUGUCUUACCCUUUAUCCCCUAAUAUGUCACAAGAUAGGAAUCAGUACAGACCGUUCUAUAGGAUUUGUCGGAAGAAACAUCACAUUGGCCCUCGGCACACCUACAAUUGCUAACUUAAAUGGAUCAAUUACACUAAUGGCUGUCACAACCGUGCUUAGUGGUGUCCUGGGUGCUCUUACGGGCGGGCCCAUGUUAGACUGGAUUAAAGUCCCUGAAGGUGACUACGUCACUAGAGGUGUUACUUUAGGCUGCAACUCUAGCGCUAUUGCAACUGCAUAUUUACUAGGUGUCGACAAGCGUGCUGCGGCCAUUUCAUCGCUGUCAUUUGUACUAUUCGGUACAUUUAUGGUUAUAUUAAGCUCCAUCGAUAGUAUGCAAUCAUUUGUGUACAAUUUAGCAGCGCUAUAG